AAUUAAUCAGGUGUUUGAUUGGCCUGCGAGUGCCCGCGAGUGCGUGCCGCGCGCGUAAAUCACAGAGAUGCGGAGAAUGCUGAGAGAAUGUUUCUUUAAGACCCAUUACCUUCGGAUCCGACCGAGGGGGAGUCUGUGGUAAGGUGGCGUAUCGUCUCUCUCUGCGUCCCCCUCCGCGCCGUUUCCAUGUGGAAAAGAGAGGCAGGAGGGAAAUAGCGCACGGGCAGAGCUUUACACCGGUUUCGGACGAGGGGGAACCGAGGCACGACCCGCGGAGAUGGACCUAAGGAAUAUUUAACAUUAAAGAUGGGCACUACGGGCUCCCCGCGAUGACUGUGCUUCGGGUCUUGUGAGGAGCUCCGCCCAGUGGACUCAGUUUGGGAGCAUCCGCCCCGCGUCGUAACCUCCCUCCCUCUCUCCCACCUCCCCCCCUGUCAGCCCUGGACGGCUUCCCCCACACCUACGUCUCCUAAGGAACCCAAUAAGCAUCCGGGUCACUUACAAUGCACUGUGAAGGCAGUCAAGUCAGCAAAGACCCACGAGUGAAGACGCGAGGAGCUGGAGAAGAAACAGGAAGGCAAUAAAAACAUGCGGAUGUUCCAAGGAAUGAUAUUUUUGGAAAACUGGGAGUAAAGCUUACAUUUUGCACAUCAAAGCUCCAAAGAACACAAAGUCACGAGCAUAGACGUUCUGCAUGCACAGUCUUUCGUUCUUUUGACUCGACUCACAAGCCGCGGUCUCAUGAUGAUGUGCGAGGUGAUGCCCACCAUUUCCGAGGAUGGGCGCAGCGGGAGCGGCGGGGGGCCGUCCUCGCCCGCCGGGCCGGGGGCCGGGGGCCCCGGGGGCGCGAUGGGCGGAGGGGGCUUCAGCGGGAGGGAGCCCAGGGGCGGGGGCGACGAAGGGGGCAGCACCGGCAACCUGGAGUCGCUGAUGGUCAACAUGCUGACGGAGCGGGAGCGGCUGCUGGAGAACCUGAGGGAGACGCAGGAGAGCCUGGGCACGGCUCAGCUGCGCCUCCGCGAACUGGGCCACGAGAAGGAGUCGCUCCAGAGGCAGCUCUCGAUCGCUCUACCGCAGGAGUUCGCUGUGUUGACUAAAGAGCUGAACGUUUGCCGGGAGCAGCUCCUGGAGAGGGAGGAGGAGAUAGCGGAGCUCAAGGCGGAGAGGAACAACACGCGUUUGUUGCUCGAACACCUGGAGUGUCUGGUGUCUCGCCACGAGCGCAGUCUGAGGAUGACGGUGGUGAAGCGACAAGCGCAGUCCCCUGCAGGAGUCUCCAGUGAGGUGGAAGUCCUCAAGGCCCUCAAGUCUCUGUUUGAGCACCACAAGGCCCUGGAUGAGAAGGUACGGGAGAGGCUUCGAGUCGCCCUUGAGAGGGUGUCCAUGUUAGAAGAUCAACUCGCAGCGUCUUCUCAAGAGGUAAUCUCUUUAAGAGACCAAAUUAAAAGGCGUCAACAAGGGGUGGACGGCGGGAAAGAUCGGCUGCCCAACGGUCCCUCCUCCAGCCUGGAGGACAGCGAGCUGGAGAGACAGCGGGAGGGCGAGAUCGAGCGACAGAGGGCAGAACUCUCCCAGCUGAGGGAGAGGCUGGCCCUCAUGUGUCGGCAGGUCGGCGAGAUAGAGGAACAGCUUGCAGCCGCCAGGAGGGAGGUGACCAAGUCAGAGGAGGCCAAUCAGAAGCUCCAAAGGGAAGUGAAAGAGGCUCUUUGCCAACGGGAGGACAUGGAGGAAAGGAUUACUACACUUGAACGGAGGUACCUCAGCGCCCAGAGGGAGGCGACGUCCCUCCAUGACAUCAAAGACAAGCUGGAGAACGAGCUGGCCAGCAAAGAGUCCUUGUACAGACAAAGUGAAGAGAAGAAUAGGCAGCUGCAGGAACGUCUGGAUGAAGCCAAGCAGAAGCUCCAGCAAACCCUUCAGAGGGCUGAAACGCUGCCCGAGAUCGAGGCCCAGCUCGCCCAAAGAGUAGCCGCUCUCAACAAGGCAGAGGAGCGCCAUGGGAACUUUGAGGAGCGACUACGGCAAAUGGAGGCUCAGCUCGAGGAGAAGAACCAGGAGCUGCAGAGGGCGAGGCAGAGGGAGAAGAUGAAUGAUGAACACAACAAACGCCUCUCAGAUACAGUGGAUAAGCUUCUUUCUGAGUCCAAUGAGAGACUACAGCUACACCUCAAGGAGAGGAUGGCGGCACUGGAGGAGAAGAAUGCUCUGUCAGAGGAGCUGGCCAAUAUGAAGAAGAUCCAGGACGAUCUUUUAGCCAAUAAGGAGCACCUCCUUGCUGAGCUGGAGAGGAUCCAACUGGAGCUGGAUCAGCUGAGAGGCAGACCAGGCUCGUCUUAUUCCAGGACGGGCAGUGUGAGUUCGCUUCCCUCCACCCUUUUCCGGAGGUCUCUCCCAGGGAGUGCCUCGGAGCUGCGGUAUCCCCAGGGCGGGGGCUCGCUCCCGGCUGGCUAUGGCAGCUCCACCGGGGGGGUCGUGGUCCGGCGGACGCACCGCGGCCGGUGGGGGGCUCAGAGAGACGACAGCAGCAAGUACGGAGAGUGGGACAGUAGCAGCAUGCUGGGCCCUGGGUUUGAAGGCGGCGUGGAGGGCUGCUCGGACGACGAGGACGACAGGGAGACUCUCUUCGGGUCAGAGCUCCUCUCCCCCAGUGGGCAGACGGACGUACAGACGCUGGCCAUCAUGCUACAAGAGCAACUGGAGGCGAUUAACAAGGAGAUCAAGCUGAUUCAGGAGGAGAAGGAGAGCACGGAGCUGAGGGCCGAGGAGAUCGAGAGCCGAGUCAGCAGCGUCGCCCUGGACGCCCCGCCUCUUCCUCCCUCCUCACUGGGGCGAGACAGCCUUGGGAGGGGUUACAUGACCCCCUCCAUCACCUCCUCCACCUUGGCGUCGCCCUCACCGCCCAGUUCUGGACAUUCCACCCCGCGUCUACCGCACUCGCCCGCCAGGGAGACCGACAGACAGAACAGCAAAGAUGGUGAAGAAUGCAGAGCACUUGCCCUGAUUGACUCCACCCCGCCUCCCGUCCCUCGAGCCCUGCGACUGGACAGGAUGACUCACACGCACCCAGGGGCCGGCCUUGACGACCACCGCGAGUUCCGCAGUCUCUCUGCUGAUGGAGCCACCACUGCGAGCCAGGAUUCCCUGCACAAAGCCAGCAAAAAGAAGAGCAUCAAGUCGUCUAUUGGUCGCCUCUUUGGUAAAAAGGAAAAGGGCAGGAUUGGUGCACCGGGGCGUGAAUCCACCUCACUGGCCUCCACACCCUCUGAUGACCUGGGCUCAGCUGAUCCACUAGGUCUGGCCAAACUAGGAACGGGAACCGUGGAAAAAGACCGACGCAGCAAAAAGAAACACGACCUGUUAGAGGAAGCCUGUCGUCAGGGUCUGCCUUUCGCCUCAUGGGACGGCCCAACGGUGGUUACAUGGCUUGAGCUGUGGGUGGGCAUGCCGGCGUGGUACGUGGCGGCGUGCCGCGCCAACGUGAAGAGCGGCGCCAUCAUGGCCAACCUCUCCGACACGGAGAUCCAACGGGAGAUCGGCAUCAGCAACCCGCUGCACAGGCUCAAGCUGCGCCUGGCCAUUCAGGAGAUGGUCUCCCUCACCAGCCCCUCGGCACCUGCAAGCACCCGCUCUUCGACCAGUAAUAUUUGGAUGACGCACGCUGAGAUGGAGUCUCUCACUGCUGCCACCAAACCAGAGCAGAAGGAGUUCAGCUGGGACCAGAUCCUGGCCUACGGAGACAUGAACCAUGAGUGGGUGGGAAACGAAUGGCUGCCCAGCCUGGGCUUGCCCCAGUACCGCUCCUAUUUCAUGGAAUCCCUGGUGGACGCGCGCAUGCUGGAUCACCUCACCAAGAAGGAGCUGAGGGGUCAGCUGAAGAUGGUCGACAGCUUCCACAGGGUGAGCCUUCACUACGGCAUCAUGUGCUUGAAGCGCUUGAACUACGACAGAAAGGAGCUGGAGAGAAGACGGGAUGAGAGUCAGCAUCAGAACCAAGACGUGAUGGUGUGGUCCAACGAGCGAGUGAUGUGUUGGGUGCAGUCGAUCGGCCUCAAGGAGUUUGCCGACAACCUCUUAGAAAGCGGCGUGCACGGCGCCCUCCUGGCGCUGGACGACACCUUCGACUACACCGACUUGGCUCUGCUCCUGCAGAUCCCCAACCAGAACACGCAGGCGAGGCAGCUCCUGGAGAAGGAGUACAAUGCUCUCAUCUCCAUGGGAACGGAGAGGAGGCCAGAUGAGGAUGGCACGAAAACGUUCACGCGCUCGCCGUCCUGGAGGAAGAUGUUCCGAGAGAAGGACCUCCGCAGCGUCACCGCCGACUCCUCGGAAACGCUGCCCGCCAACUUCCGUGCCUCCGCCAUCUCCACGCCCUCUGUGACCCUGAGGAAAGUCCAGAGCGAAGUCAACUCUGGCCCAAGAGGAGAGUCGGCGUCCGUCAGAACAUACUCCUGCUAAAAGAUAAGCACAGCAGACCCCAGUCUUCAUCCGAACCCACGGGGAAAAAAAUAAACAUUUUUUAAGACAAAAAAGGGAUCAAAGUCAGAAAAUGGACAUUAGAAAAUGACCAACGACGUUCAAGGCAGACGCCUGGAAAACUCAAAGACACUGAGCGAAUGAUUUGUGAAAAGAUUCUCGAACAACGCGUGAAUGUUGGUCCAUCCAUCUGUUUCUCUCUCUCUCUCUUUCUCUCGAUCUAUCUCUCUCUCUCUCUCUAUCACUCCAUUCUCAUCCAUAGUUGUGGCAUGACGCUGUUGGAAGUGACCAUCGCCCGUCGUGAAUCCCUCUCCCGUUCGAGUGUCAGGAAACAACGCGUAUGUUCUUAAGCCAUAACAGACAUGAUGCGAAACAGGCCGGACGAGGAGGUGAUUUGCAACGCGCUCCAUGUCAUAAUCCUGUCCAACGUGGGGAAAAAAGGAAACGCAUCUGUGUUCAUAUGCAUGCCAAAACCAACCAUCCAUGACGUGAACGCUUGGGUCAGGACUUUGUAAAAUGUGUGUUUUAUUUUUAUCAUUUUGUAUGAUAACUGCUAUUGUAUGUAUGUAUGUACAGUAUGUGUGUGCGUGUGUGAGUGUAUUAAACCGUACGCUCAUUUCAUACUUAGUUUUAAGACUGACUGUAAUUUCAUUUUAGGGUGGAAAGAGGAAAAAUGUUUUAAAUUAUUGACAUUUAAAGAUAUGCUACUUGUAUGUGUACAUUUUGAAAACAAAAUGUGUUACGAUUUAAAUUCAUAUUAUUGGAGAGUAGUGAUGAUAAUUGAAUAUAAUAUGAUAACAAUAAUGAUAAUGAUUGUAAAAGCUGUAAUUAAAAAAACAUACCUGUAAAA